ACAUAAGAAGAGGUUCGAUUUUUUUUUGAUGGUUCAUCGCAGCCAAUGCAUUGUUAUUAUGUAUUAGCAGUGUGCAUGUGGUGCAUCAGAAACUGUUUCGAAUUUUGAACAAAACUUGACAUAACGAAGGACAGCACACGCAUCAUUCACAGCAAACUUCAUUCGAUUCGUGAACAUAUGUCAUGCAAAUGUGAUUGAAAAAGAAACGACAAACAAAUCAUCAACUUCAAUCAUUGAAUGUGAAAUUAAAAAAAUUAAAAUCGAGCCGGUUUAAUUUUAUUUUGUUGUUACUCAAUUUAAAUGUGAAUUAAAUCAUGUCAUUGUGUAAAUUUGGAUCAUCAUUGUCGCGAGUAUGUGUAUCUCGCAGUCUACUUUCAACUGACAGGCAAUUCAUGUUGAACAAUGUUCGUGGAUUUCUUCGAAAUAAAAAUCAGGUUGAGAUUCCAAAAUCGAGACAAUAUGUGAAAGCACUGUUGAACGGAGUUGGUUGUGGUCUUGUGGUUGGCAUUGGCAUUGCUGUAUAUGAUUCAUACAAAAGUAAAGAUGUUCAUUUGGUGCAUGAGCGAAGCGAAAUGUAUGUAAUCGAUGAAUUACCAAAGGUGAAAAUCAUACGGAAAAUUGUAAAUCCCAAGGACAACCAUAAUCUCGAUUUAGUACUAUUUCAAUUCCAAACAUGUCCGUUCUGCAGUAAAGUACGAACAUUUUUGGAUGCAAAUCAAUUUUCUUAUUCAGUGGUCGAGGUUGAUGCUGUUUUACGGCAAGACAUUAAAUGGUCACCAUAUAAAAAAGUGCCAAUGUUAUUGGCACGCACUAAAGAUGGAAAAUACGUUCAAUUGACCGAUUCAAGUAUGAUAGUUUCUGUAUUAUCGAGCUUUUUAAUUGAUCCAACAUUGGAUAUCAAAGAUUUGGCUAAAUUCUAUCCAAGCAUUUCCUAUAUGAAUGAUGAUGGCAAAAAGAUUCACGACAUUCUCAACAAAUACCACCUAAUCUACGGCGAAAAAUUACCAAAAAAUAAAAGCAAAGAUGAUUUGGAUAUGGAGCGAAAAUGGCGAGAAUGGACCGAUAAACAUUUUAUUCAUUUGAUUUCACCAAAUGUAUACCGAACUAAAGAAGAGGCUCUCGAAACAUUUGAAUGGUUUGCAGAAACGUCUGGUUGGAAUGAAUAUUUUCCACGAUGGGAGCGCAAUUUAAUGGUUUAUGUUGGUGCAACGGCCAUGUAUUUUAUUAGUAAGCGAUUGAAAAAACGCCACAAUUUAAAUGAAGAUGUUCGCAAAGACAUUUAUGCAGCAUGUAAUAGUUGGACAAAUGAAUUGGCUAAGCGGAAAUCAAAGUUUUUAGGCGGUGAAAAACCAAAUUUGGCCGAUAUAUCAUUUUAUGGUGCACUAGCAUGCAUGGAAGGAACGAGUGCAUUUUCGGAUAUGCUCAAGAAUACAAUGAUCGAACCGUGGUUCCAAGCAAUCAAAAAAUAUGUUACCACAAACAAAGGCGAAACUAUUAAUCUAUUGCAAGCUCAUUAGGAUUUAGAAUAAACAAAAAAAAUUGUAGCUUGUUUAAAUAAAAACAAAAU